UAAAAAGUUGAAAACCCCAUGCCCUGCCCUCCCUUCCCCGCUCCUUCACUCCAUCCUUCGACGAAAAACACGACACAGCCCAAAAAAAUAAAGGACGCCCAAAUCUCAGAUCGAACUCGAGUUCGAACGAGAAAGAGAGGGCGGAAAUCAGAUCGACGGCCAUGGCGGAGCAGCUGACGGAGGAGCAGAUCGCGGAGUUCAAGGAAGCCUUCAGCCUCUUCGACAAGGACGGCGACGGCUGCAUCACUACCAAGGAGUUAGGGACAGUUAUGAGAUCUCUGGGCCAAAAUCCUACAGAAGCUGAAUUGCGAGAUAUGAUCAACGAGGUUGAUGCUGAUCAAAAUGGCACUAUUGAUUUCCCUGAAUUUCUGAAUUUGAUGGCCCGAAAGAUGAAGGAUACUGAUUCUGAGGAGGAGCUCAAAGAAGCUUUCAAGGUCUUUGAUAAAGAUCAAAAUGGUUUCAUUUCUGCUGCUGAGCUCCGACAUGUCAUGACUAAUCUCGGAGAAAAGCUUACCGAUGAGGAGGUGGAGGAGAUGAUUCGUGAAGCCGAUGUCGAUGGUGAUGGUCAAGUGAACUAUGAGGAAUUUGUUAGGAUGAUGUUGGCGAAGUGAUUGUGGGUGCUGCACUGCUAGAGGGAGAUGAGUUGCUUACAAACAAUUGGUAGUUCUGUAAACCUGGAGUUUUUCUUCCCUCUUGUUGCGUGAUUUUUGGAAAUCUUGAGCAGAUACAUCUGGUUUUGUUCACUAUUAUGUUUAUGUAUGAUAUCUUUGCAGCUUUGUUCUUA